AUGGCAUUGUGUAACUUAGAGCUACAACAACUUGAUGUUAAAGCAGAGUUCCUGCAUGAUGAGCUUGAAGAAACCAUUUACAUGCAUCAACUAGAGGAGUUCAUUGUUGAAGGUAGAGAAGAUCGUGUAUACAAAUUGAAGAAAUCAUUGUAUGGCUUGAAGCAGUCUUCAAGGCAAUCGUAUAGGCGUUUUGAUUCUUUUAUGAUUGAUUAUGGUUAUUUGAGGGAUAACUAUGAUAUUAGCUUGUUGAAAACCCAACUCAAUAAUGAGGUUGAAAUGAAAGAUUUAGAUGAGGUGGAACAGUUCAUGGCUAGUGUUCCAUGUUCCAAUGCAGUAGACAAUAUUAUGUAUGCAAUUGUUUGUACUUGUCCAGAUAUUUCACAGGCAGUGAGUAUUGUUAGCAGUUCUAGGGUUGUUGAUUAUGUUGAUUCUGAUUAUACUAGGAACUUAGCUAAGAGAAGAUCAUUGACAGGGCAAGGAAAAGAUUUGUUGAGAGAUGGUUUGCUUCUUGUUGAAAAAGCACCUCUACAGGUUGUUCGCUCUAGCGGUGUCUCUGCCGCUUAA